AUGUCUGGCCGGGACUACUUCUCCAUCACCGACCCCGUUCAGCGUGAACAGGCACGAAUGAUGAUCAGCAAAUUGCAAUCAAAGAUUCUUUACAGUGACAAGUACUACGAUGAUGAAUAUGAGUACCGCCAUGUCAUUUUACCGAAGGACUUCUCACGGCUGGUUCCGCGUGGCCGUUUAAUGGAGGAGUCGGAGUGGCGUCAACUUGGCGUCCAGCAGUCGGUGGGAUGGCGGCACUACAUGUUGCAUGCCCCAGAGCCGCAUGUGUUACUAUUCAAGCGGCCCAAGACACAAUAG